GCAGCACGGUCCUUCUUCCGUCGCGUCAGUUCGAACAUGGCGGCGCCCCGUGCCGUGGUCGGUGUGAAGGGAGACAGCAGCAGCGAAACAGGACUGCCUGUGUCAGACUCAGCCACUGGAGACGUGAAGAGACCUCAGUUCGGGACACGUUUCCUCACUGACCCGCGGCAGGUCUUCCAGCACAACGCGUGGGACAAUGUGGAGUGGACUGAGGAACAAGAAGCAUCUGCAAGGAAGAAGGUCUUAGAGAACAAUCAGCCACUUCCUCCAGAGAAACAAGAUGAGUACGACAGCCGGGCAAAUGAGUUCUGGAAUGACUUUUACACAAUCCACGAGAACCGUUUCUUCAAAGACCGUCACUGGCUGUUCACAGAGUUCCCAGAGUUGGCCCCACAGUGUAACCAUGAGUCCUGCCUCGGGGUCUCUGGCACAGAUGAGAGUCAGCAGGAUAGUCUGGAUCAAGAACAGAGAAGGGAAGCUGCAGCUUUGUCUCACAGUGACGGUGACAUCCCUGGCUCCUCGGCCACGUAUCGCAUUCUGGAGGUUGGCUGCGGUGUAGGCAACACAGUUUUCCCAAUACUGAAGACCAACAAUGACCCGGGACUCUUUGUUUACUGCUGUGAUUUCUCCAGCACCGCUGUGGAGCUAGUCAAGACUAAUCCAGAGUACGACCCUGGGCGCUGCUUCGCCUUUGUUCAUGACUUGAGUGAUGUGGAAGCCAAUUACCCCAUCCCCGAUGGAACCCUUGAUGUUAUAGUGCUAAUCUUUGUGUUAUCAGCGUUGCAUCCCAACAAAAUGCAGGCAUCCAUCAGUAGAUUAGCCCGGCUGCUGAAGCCUGGGGGAGUGAUGCUGCUCAGGGACUAUGGACGCUACGAUAUGGCACAGCUUCGCUUUAAGAAAGGAAGGUGUCUGUCAGAAAACUUUUACGUCCGAGGGGAUGGAACAAGAGUGUAUUUCUUUACUCAAGAUGAGCUCCAUGAGAUGUUCACUGAAGCAGGGCUCGAGAAAGUGCAGAACCUUGUGGACAGACGGCUGCAGGUGAAUAGAGGCAAACAGCUCACCAUGUACAGGGUGUGGAUCCAGUGCAAGUAUCGCAAGGCUGCAGCUCUGCCGCUUGAGACGCAGGGCUGAGACAGAGGGGGACAACAUGCCUGGCUUGGCUGUCACUUCAGCUGAACCACAACUGAAGCUAGGAGAUCAAAUCAAGGCGGUGCCUGGCCCUUUCUCCAAGGAUAUGUGGCAUUGAGACGCUCCAUUAUGAUUGUGAUUAAGGGGGAUGCACCUGGAUAGUUAAAUGCUGUAAAAGCCUUAGACUAAUCCAGCUGUGGUGAUGUUGAUGGACUUGUUUUAUGGUUGAAGUUCCUGAUGGUGCUACAAUUCUGCCUAUGAGAGUGAAGAUUUUCUCAUUUGAUGCUGAUGAGUUCAGUAAGCUGAGAGAGGGCUGGUUACCCCUGUUUCAGUGUUUCUACUCUGACAGAUGCUGUUUUAAUGAGCUGAUGUUUUGGAAUAAAAUGCAUGAUUUUUAAGAUAACUUUAUGACCUUUUUGUACAUGCAAAAUCAAUAAAAAUCUAAACCUGA